GACCUCAUAUAAAAAUGGCAGGAAAUUUGAAAUCUUUACACAUCACAUGGUACAGGCAAUCAUUUUAAGAUGAACAUGGAGAAGAAAAGAAGCUGACGGCGCACUAUGAAUGAGAAUGAAGUCAGUGGCCCAUGCAGGAAAGUUGGAAGGUCCCGUAAAAGAAGUCUCACGCCGUAUUACCCAUACGAUCACGAUCAACUGACUGACCAGGAAAAGGCUUCACAGUUAGACACAACAAAUACACAAUGUCAGGAAGAGGUCUCUAUUUUAUCACAGAAACAAAUCAAUGGCAGUCAGAUUGGCUCUUUAUCUGCUAGAAAUGGUGAUGUAGCUGACAAUUUUAACAUUACCCACACUUCAAAUAAUACUAACGAGAUUUGGUUUUCUAAUUCUUUUGUUAGAAGUAGAAAUUGCGACGUUGGAAAGAAAAGCACAAGUCAUCAACAGAACAAUUGUCAGGGGAUUGAAUCUGUGCCAAAGAAAAUAAGACUAGACGUUGAUUUCAGUCAGAGGUCUCAAUCUGAUGAUAACAACUAUAAUGAAAGAACUGCUAAUGGUUCGGUGAGGUACGGUAAACAGUUUUCUGGUGGGGAUCACGAGAAGAAAAAUGGAAAUUUUCACCAGGACAGAAAAGAGUCUCACUUAAAUCAACAAACAGUAAUGGCUGACACCUCUGUAAGUAAUAACAGAGACUGCCCUCACCUCUUCCACUCGACACCAAUCAAAAAUCUUAAAGAGAAGACAGGUUUGGGGAAAACUGAGAUGGUUUCCAGACUAACUGAAACAGAAGACAUGCUGAACAACAGUGACCAUGUUCUAGCUGGACUUGAUAUGGCUGAUGAUGAGGAGAAAACAGACAUCAAAACUGUGACUAAGGGAGAUAACUCACAUAAGUCUGAGCCGAGUCAGUCUCACUUGAAUAUCAGAAAAUGUAAUCGUUUACACGGAAAUUCAAAUGUGACUUGUGAUAAAUUGACCAAAGGAAGGAUCAGUGAAGAUUGUUCUCAAAUGUUAUCUAUGAUACAUAUAGAUAAACCUGAUGUCUCUAAGAACAUGCAUGAUAAGUGUACUGAGUCACCCCAAUCCUCGGAUAGAAGGGGAGGUUACUCUACAGAGAGUCGUACAACUACAGUACAUUCAAAGGAAACAAUCAGAAACACAAAAUGUACAAAACAUCAUGUUAUGAAUAUUUCUGACGAUGACAUCUUCGCACAUGAUAGUGAUUUUCUUAGUGAGAUUGAAAGCUUAGAAAGAAAAGCAGACACUGCAACAGAUAAGCGAGCAAUUACAGAAAAGAUUAAUCCCGAUAAUACAACCAGUCAUGAUCAGCUUGUGUUGGAACAAAACAGGAAAAACAGAACUUAUUCAAAAAGUUGUGAUACAACCAAGUUAGGGCAUAACUAUUCAGAGGCUAAUAACUGUGAUAAAAGAGCAAGUGAAAACUGCAGAGAAAAAACUGCAGGAUCAGUUACAAAUUUAAAAGGUCAAGGUCACACUGAUAUGACUUCACCUUUGGGAACCAAAGUUCGAGGUCAAGAUGUAAAUACACCUGAAGUUUCCUCGACAAUGAAAACUCCAACCUCCAUUGGUUUGGGGGGCUCACUAAAGGAUAGAAUAAAACGAAGGCUUCAGGAGAACGCUUCCACUAAACUGGUAGAAAGUCCUGGGGCGGUGAUGGAACAAAGACGCGAGGGCGAGAUUACAGUCGCUACAACCAAGGCAGAACAGAUUAAGAAGGAUGGCUCUGACAUUGAUGUUGGUCCGUUCUUUGGCCUGUCUUCCAAGGUCAAGGCCCUUCUGCAGCAGCACAGGGGCAUCGAUACUCUCUAUGCGUGGCAGAAUGAGUGCCUCAAUCUGCCUGCUGUACUGGAGGGGAAGAACCUGAUCUACUCCCUACCAACAAGUGGGGGCAAGACCCUGGUGGCCGAGAUACUCAUCAUGAGAGAACUGCUGUGUAAGAAAAGGGAUGCCAUCCUCAUUCUGCCCUUCGUUUCCAUUGUACAGGAAAAGGUGAGAGGAUUAUCUCCCUUUGGUAUCGACCUAGAUUUCCUUGUCGAGGAGUAUGCAGGCAGUAAGGGAAAGUUUCCACCACUCAAAAGCCGUAAGAGACAGUCACUGUACAUUGCCACCAUAGAGAAGGCACACUCACUAGUCAACAGUCUCAUAGAAAACAACAGGCUGGACAGUCUGGGGCUUGUUGUGGUGGAUGAGUUACAUAUGAUUGGUGAAGGAGGCAGUCGAGGGGCAACCUUGGAGUCAACUCUACUGAAGGUCAUUUAUACUCAAAAGACCACACAGAUAGUUGGGAUGAGUGCCACCCUUAGUAACACAGCUGAUCUUCAGACAUUUCUGGGAGCCGAGGUCUACUCCAACAGCUUCCGUCCUGUGGAACUCACAGAGUAUGCCAAGCUGCAGGACAAUAUUUACCAGGUGAACCCAAAAGCCAAAUGCCCAGAGGACCAGCUUGUACAUGAUAGAGUUGUGAUGUUCAAGUACAGCCCCGACAUGACGCGAGUGGAUGGCGACCACCUCCUGGGCCUCGUCCUGGAGGUGAUACCCGACAAGUCCUGCCUCCUGUUCUGUCCUACCAAGAAGAACUGUGAGAAUGUGGCCAUGAUGCUGUGUAAACUCCUGGUCAAACACCACCACGAGUUGUCCCUGGUGAAGAAGACCGAACGAAAAGCGUUGUUGAAGGAACUGUAUAACGACGGAGCAGGAAAGAUCUGUCCGGUCCUCCAGUACACUCUCCACUUCGGCGUGGCGUACCAUCACAGCGGCCUGACCACGGAUGAGCGUCGACUGAUAGAGGAUGCUUAUGCUGAUGGAACCCUCUGCCUCCUUACCUGUACCUCAACACUGGCAGCAGGGGUCAACCUCCCAGCUAAAAGGGUGAUAUUGAGAUCUCCCUAUGUUGGGAGCCAAUUCAUCAGUCGAAGUCAGUACAAACAGAUGGUUGGUCGAGCUGGAAGGGCGGGCAUUGACUCGACCGGAGAGAGCAUUCUCAUCACCAAGUCCUCCGACACAGAGAAGGUUGGCGAGCUACUGACAGCUCCAAUGGAGGUGUGUCACAGCAGUUUGAUGCAUGACGAUGGCAAAGGUAUCCGUGGAUUACUUCUGUCCGCUGUUGGUUUACAGAUGACCAAGACCACUAGAGAGGUUUUCGCCUGUAUGGAAAAGACGUUACUGUCGGUGCAGGCUAGUCGUGGCGUACCAUGUGACAUCGUAGAAGUGACACGCCAGGCACUACAACAACUCGUUGACCUGGGACUUGUCACACAGAAACGGGCAUUGUCACAGGAAACAGAUGAGGACCUUCAUCAUCUGGAGGUCACCACGCUUGGCCGGGCAACCUUUAAGGGGUCUGUCAACUUGGAUUGGUCAGGCCGUCUCUACACUGACCUCCACCAGGGAGAGGAGUCUCUUGUCUUGUCUAGUCAUCUCCAUCUCCUCUACCUUGUCACUCCCUAUGACAUGGUCAGCAUGGUCAAACCCUCCUGGAUUGUCUACUUCCAAGAGAUGAGCACUCUAAACCCUGUUGAGUUGAAGAUGGCUGCAUUGAUCGGAGUUCCAGAGGGAUACAUCACUAGGAAAGCGUCUGGACAAAACUCCAGACAGAAGGUAGACGACUUUGUGGUGGGACGGUUCUACCUGACACUGAUGCUGUACGGACUAUGGAAACAGAGAACGGUGUGGGAGGUGUCCGAUAAGUUCCAGCAGACCCGUGGGUUUAUACAGAACCUCCUGUCUAGUGCUGCCAGCUUCGCCUCCUGUGUAUACCACUUCUGUCAGGAGCUAGAUGAGUUUUGGCCGUAUCAGGAUCUGUUUGGUAACUUUGUACAGCGCUUAUCUUACUGCGUGUCCCCAGAACUGAUACCAUUGAUGGAGAUCCCAGGCGUAAAACUGGGGCGAGCUAAACAGAUGUACAGCGUUGGAUAUAGGACUCUGGCACAGGUGGCCAAUGCCGACCCAGAAAACCUUGUCAAGAAAAUCAAACAAAUUCCUCGCAAGAUCGCCCAACAGAUUGUCACUGCUGCCAAGAUGCUUCUGAAUGAGAAGGCUGAAGCUCUUUGGCAGGAAGUCGAGGAACUUGUGAUGGUGCCUGAGGCUGCGUCUUCUCAUCCUUCACCAGAUCUAUCCUCUCAGGGGUCUAUAGCAUCCUCAGAUAUACUCGCAUAUCUCACUGACUGGGGAGACUAGACGACCUUGUUAAAGUCCCUGUGACGGUGCCUUCUCAUCCUUCACCAGAUCUAUCCUCUCAGGGGUCUGUAGCAUCCUCAGAUAUGCUCGCAAAUCUCACUGACUGGGGAGACUAGACAACCUUGUUAAAGUCCCUGUGACGGUGCCUUCUUAUCUUUCACCAGAUCUAUCCUCUACGGGGUCUGUAGCAUCCUCAGAUAUACUCGCAAAUCUCACUGACUGGGGAGACUAGACAACCUUGUUAAAGUCCCUGUGACGAUGCAUUCUUAUCCUUCACCAGAUCUAUCCUCUACGGGGUCUAGCAUUGUCGGAUGUACUUGCCAAUCUAACCAACUUGGGAGACUAGACUACCCUGUGACGGUGCCUUCUUAUCCUUCACCAGAGCUAUCCUCUCAGGGGUCUGUAGCAUCCUCCGAUAUACUCGCCAACCUCACCGACUGGGGAGACUAGUCCACCCUGUGACAAGAGUUUUCUCAUCCCUCACCAGAUCUAUCCUCCCAGGGGUCUAGACCAUCGUAGGAUAUACUUGACAACCAUACUGACUUGGAAGACUAGACAACCUUGUUCGAGGUACAGUGUCUUUAUAUUUUUUACCAGAUGUAUCCCUCAGCAGGUGGGUGUCUUGGUGUCCUCAGACUUAGUUUAGUCCCCCCCCCCCCCCC